AUGCACUAUCAGGCCACCAAGACGAUGCAGGUGCAAUCAGAAGCCGUGGUUGACCUGAUAGAGCAUAUCGAUACAUACACGCUUUGCAUGGUUUGGUCUGGAAGUUGUCGCAUCUGUUAUAAGCAAGGCACAGUGGAUGAGAGAGUUAUGGUCAUCUGGCCAGGCUCCAUGCAGGUUACAUUUUCUAGACAUUUUGAAAGCCCUCGAUGGGUGGACUCCUCCCGGACCCACGACCAUGGCAAUCGUUAUGCCUUCCUCAGAAAUGGAGAAUUGGAUAAGUGCUAUUGA